CUUUCGGCCGCCGAGCAAGUCGACGCAGCAUGGGCGACGUCGUGCGCAUCUUUGGUGGUCGACCGGACCCGCUCGAACGCGGACCGCCCAAGCGCGUCUCGCACUCGGUCGAGAACAUUGGCGAGCACGUCGCUGCGUCCAAGAAGCGGUCGUCCUGGAAGUUCACGCUCGGCGAGGCCGACACGAUCCACGAAGUGACCUUGUUCCACUCGAUCAUGUCCAUGAAGAAGGUAGUCCACUUCGAUGGCCGCGAACAGUACAUGAGCAACACGAUGGCGCCUGGCGACUGGAGCGUCGUGCUCCUUCUCGAGAGCUCGAGCUCGGCCAUGGAGGUGCGCAUCAAUGACAUCGAAGCCGGCGACAUUCCCAAAUACGAUUUCCUCAUUGAUCGCGUGCCGUACCGGCGCAUGGACGUGUAUCGCCGGUCCAAGGCCAAGCCGGCGGCGCAUGUGUUUGGCGCGUCGGCCGGGUACAGCAACGCGCCCGAGCCGCAUCACGCGCCGUCGCACGACGCGGGCCUCCAGCACGGCCACUGGGGUCCGUCGGGUAUGACGCAAGAGACGAACCGACCGCCGUCGCCGCAAGAGUUGCCGUCCAAGCCCAAGCCAGUCGCGCCCCAGCACGAAGUCAAUCUUCUCGACACGUCGGCGCCAGACGUGUCGGUCUCGGCCCAUGCGAUCGUGUUCGAUCCUUUUGUGACGGGAGCGCCACCGGCCAAGUCUGCGGCGCAAGCACCAGCAAGCGCCGACCUCAUGGGUCUCUUCUCGCAGCCAACACCUUCGCAGCAGCAGCCGCAAGUAAUCGGUGGAAGUAGCUUUGGCCAGCAAGGCUUUGGCCAGCCUCCUCAACAAGGCUUUGGCCAGCCUCCUCAGCCAGCCUACGGUCAGCCUCCUCAGCCAGCCUACGGACAGCCUCCUCAGCCAGCCUACGGACAGCCACCUCAGCCAGCCUACGGACAGCCUCCUCAACCGGGCUUUGGCCAGCCACCGGUGGGCAACUUUGCGACGGCGCCGAUGAACAGAGCACCGGCCAUGCAGCAGGGAUACCAAGGGUUUCCUCCUGCGCCAGCCCCGACCCCUGGUUUUGGGUACCCGAAUACUGCGUACCCUCCGGCGCCCUCGCAGCAGGCGUCGGCCUUUGCGUUUAUGCAGGCGCCGCCAGCGCCAGCCGCCUACGCGAAUGCGCCGCGACCGGCCAACUACCGGACGCCGCCGGCCAACUUGAGCAUCUCGAGUCUCAUGGACCCGCAUCACGUCAACAACGCAGCGCCGCGCGGCCCUUCGAACGGGCAGAACAUCAACAUCAAUGCGUUUGCAGGCAUGCGUUGAGGUAGAAGCGAUGCUGGCAGCUAUCACACUAUACCUGGCGUUUCGAUUCAUAACACUAAUCCACCGAGAAAAUACUAAGAGAUGCUACAGCCA